CAUACUACUAGAGUUACAGUCUGCUCUUCAACGCCGCCCAAGUCUCUCGAACAAUCAUGGCAGCUACAGCAACAGUUCAAGCCACAACGGUGGCACCGAUCGCCGCGUCAACACCGAUGAAGAAAAAGGCUCCGGCCACCAAGACCAAGUCUGCCGCCGCCGCUCAUCCGUCCACCGCCGUGAUGGUGAUCUCGGCCGUUAAGGAGCUGAACGAGAAGAAGGGUUCGUCUCUGUCGGCCAUCAAGAAGUACAUGGCGACCAACUACAAAGUGGACUCCGCCAAGCUCGCCCCGUUCAUCCGCAAGUUCCUGAAAGCCGCCGUGGUCAAAGGUGCGUUGGUGCAGACCAACGGCACCGGCGCCAUGGGACACUUCAGGCUCCCGGUCGACGCGAAGAAAAAGCCCGUGGCCGCCAAGAAGCCAAGCGCCGCCGCUGCUUCCAAGAAGAAGGUCGCAGCUAAGAAACCCGCCGCCAAGGCCGCCGCUUCGGCCGGCACUCCGAAAAAGAGGAAGUUGGCUGCGAAAAAAGCACCAACUGCCGCCGAGCCCGCUGCCAAGAAGUCYAAGGCGGUUGCCGCCAAGCCUAGGAAAUCGCUGGUCAAGGCGAAAAAGCCGGUCGUAGCGUCAAAACCACCGAAGGCCAAAAAAGCAUCAGCCGUGACGAAAGUUAAGGCGCCCAAGAAGAAGUAGAUGCAUGAUGAAAAAUGACAAACGCGCAAUGUAAAUAUUUAAAAGUAACUAAUGAACCUCCUCAUACCUUAAAAUGGUCCUUUUCA